CCAGCGACCACGUACACAAUUUAGAUGACAGGCUGUUACAUUAUCACUCACUCACUUACUCAGAUGAUUAAUGUUACCUUAUAAAGCAACACGCCCUCAGUGUUUGAGAUUGUUCUGGUUUGUCGUUCUUUCUCUCGCAAUCUUCACCACAUUCACCGAGCAUUUGCAUUCACAUUGAAUAUGGCUGAGGCUACACAAUCUAAUGCUGAGUUGUUGGAGUGGCCUAAGAAAGAUAAGCGCCGCUUCCUGCAUGUUGUGUAUCGUGUUGGUGAUCUUGAUCGCACCAUUAAGUUUUAUACUGAAUGUUUUGGGAUGAAGCUUUUGAGGAAAAGAGAUAUUCCAGAGGAGAAAUAUGCCAAUGCUUUUCUUGGAUUUGGCCCUGAACAAUCCCAUUUUGUUGUGGAAUUAACAUAUAAUUAUGGGGUGACCUCAUAUGAUAUUGGAACUGGAUUUGGACAUUUUGCUAUCGCAACUCCAGAUGUUUACAAAUUGGUUGAAGACAUCCGGGCUAAGGGUGGAAAUGUCACCAGGGAGCCUGGUCCAGUUAAGGGUGGGAAAUCUGUUAUUGCCUUCGUGAAGGAUCCUGAUGGUUAUGCUUUUGAGCUCAUUCAAAGACCUUCAACCCCUGAACCAUUGUGCCAAGUAAUGCUUCGCGUUGGUGAUUUAGAGCGCUCAAUUAAGUUUUAUGAAAAGGCUUUGGGUUUGAGGGUGGUAAAGAAGACUGAUAGACCUGAAUACAAGUAUACUAUAGCUAUGCUUGGGUAUGCAGAGGAACAUGAGACAACUGUGUUGGAGCUGACAUAUAACUAUGGUGUCACUGAAUACACCAAGGGAAAUGCUUAUGCACAGGUUGCUAUUGGUACUGAUGAUGUAUACAAGAGUGCUGAGGUUGUCAACAUAGUCACACAAGAGCUUGGAGGGAAGAUUACUCGGCAACCAGGACCAAUUCCUGGCCUUAACACAAAGAUCACUGCUUUCUUAGAUCCUGAUGGAUGGAAAACUGUUUUGGUUGACAAUCAAGAUUUUCUGAAGGAGCUGGAGUAAAGAGUUAUGGCUUUUUAAUUUAAAGUACUAGUGCUAUUGUAUGAAUAAGUGAUCAGCUCCUGUAUUUAUCAGUGAAGUAGUAGUGUUCAAUACGGUUUCUCUGAUGUGUUUGCCUGUUUGGUUGAGAUUCUAGACAGUCUACAGUGACAUCCAACAGUAUUUCAAUAUAUUUAGUAAAAGUUGGAGAAUAAUUCUGAUGUUUUA